AAGAUUUCAACUUUAAUUUCCAUAUAAACUUAGCUUAAAAAACAGUUGCUUUAAUUCCAAUAUACGCUUAGCUAAAAAAACAGUUGUUUUAAUUCUGGUCCAUAAUAUAUAGUUUUAUUAAACACACACACUGGUAUGAUUAAAUAUCAGAUUUUUCAGGUAGAGCUCAUGUCCGCCACGCGUAGAAAUUGAUAUUUGGGAAACACAAAAGUUGGAAGUUUUUGAAGCAAAAAUGGGAAGCAAUAACAGAGAGACAACUUUUUAUAAAGAAGUGCUACCAUUUACAGCUAUGGUGACUAUGGAAUGUAUAAAUGUUGGAUUAAAUACACUUUACAAAGCUGCUACUAACAAAGGCAUGAGUAAUCAUGUCUUUGUUGUUUAUAGUUAUGGUCUUGCUGCUCUUCUACUUCUUCCUUCUCCUUUCUUCUCUGCCAGAUCAAGAAUACUUCCACCUCUCAAUUGCUCAAUUCUCGCCAAAAUCUUUCUUCUUGGAGUUAUCGGGUGUACAUCACAGAUAAUGGGGUAUACAGGCAUUAUCUAUGCCUCUCCUACGCUUGCCUCCGCCAUCAGCAAUCUUGUCCCUGCUUUUACUUUCGUCUUGGCUGUCAUUUUCAGGAUGGAGAAGAUACAGUUGAAAAGAUCAACCACUCGAGCCAAAGUGUUGGGCACGGUGGUGUCCAUAGCUGGAGCAUUCGUAGUAACUCUAUACAAAGGCCCAAAAAUAUUAGUGCCUACCACGUCCACACCCAAUUUACUACGUCAACCUCUCGGCUCAACUCAAUCGAAUUGGAUGCUUGGUGGCCUUUUCCUCACAACUGAAUAUUUUUUAGUCCCAAUGUGGUAUAUAGUUCAGACAUGGAUUAUGAAGGUGUAUCCAGCAGAAGUGACAGUAGUUUUCUUCUACAACUUGACUGUUAGCAUCCUAGCUGGUAUUGUAGGAUUUUUAUCUGAACCUGACUCCAACAAAUGGAUAAUUAAACCGGAUAUCGCACUGGCCUCCAUCCUCUGCUCUGGAAUAUUGGGUUCAUCCCUAAAUAAUACAAUUCACACCUGGGCAUUGCGCGUAAAAGGACCAGUGUAUGUAGCAAUGUUUAAACCAUUGUCCAUCGCGAUUGCAGUUGCCAUGGGAGUCAUUCUCUUGGGAGAUACUCUUUAUUUGGGAAGCAUCCUUGGAGCAACGAUAAUUGCAAUUGGAUUCUAUACCGUAAUGUGGGGAAAGGCAAAAGAGAUGCCUGAAUAUAAUGAUUCUAGUGAUCUCGAGUCGUCUCCAGAUCAAAAGUUCCCCUUGUUACACAAUUUCAAAAAUGAAGACAUCUCAGACAAGUGAAAAAUUAGUUUGAAGGCAGAAAGGGAUGUCACACAAAAGGCUGUAACUGCAAAUCACUCCAUCUUUUAUGAACAAAAUCGAGUAUGGGGUUGUAUAGGAAGAAACAAGAUGCUGCUGUGGGAAAAGUAGGAGCAGCUAAUUGUUUGCAUAUAUAUAUCCAUCCUUUGUUCUGUACAGCUAUUCUGGAAAAAGACUUGUUUACUACUGACAUUUUAUCAUUUGGCUUCAAAGUACUGAGUCACAACAGAAUGUUCCUUUUGUAUCUCAGGAAUGAACUAAAGCCUAUUUUGG